AUGAAAAGUACAUUUGUCAUUUCACAGAGUGCAUUGGCAAGUGUUGGCUCAACUGUUGUGCCAAUGGACGUUGCAAGACACGUUCUUAAAUUCGAAGGAGUACUUGGCACAAACACUUCUAAGUUGGGAAAAGCUUCUCUUAUUGUAGCUGGAGGGUUGGCUGGUGGUAAAUUCUGGCUUUCUGUGUAUCCAACGGAUGUAAUCAAGAGCGUUAUCCAAGUUGACGAUUACAAGAACCCAAAGUUCUCUGGCUUUGCUGAUGCUUUCAAAAAGAUUGUUGCAUCAGAGGGUGUAAAAGGCCUUCACAAGGGCUUUGGAUCGGCUAUGGCGCGUAGUGUUCCUGCAAAUGUUGCUUGUCUCUUGGCGUAUGAGAUGAUCACUCGAUCUAGCUUAGGGUAA